AUGGCAGCAUUGCUAGCUACUCAUUUUGGUUGGCAACUUCGACAAUUAGAUGUCAAGAAUGCAUUCCUUCAUGGGGAACUUCAAGAGGAAGUUUACAUGCAGCAGCCUCAAGGUUUUGUCGAUCCUACAAAUCCUUCUUAUGUUUGCAAGUUACGUAAAUCUUUAUAUGGUUUCAAACAAGCACCUCGUGCUUGGUUUGAAUGUUUCACCACACAUUUGCUAAAACUUGGGUUUGUGGCGUCUUCUGUAGAUUCAUCUCUGUUUGUCCGACUUGUUCAUGGAUCUUAUACCUAUCUCCUUUUAUAUGUUGACGACAUUCUUGUUACUGGGAGUGAUCCAUCCUAUAUUGCUUCUCUUAUAGUCCAGCUGAAAUGUCGAUUUGAUAUGACUGAUUUGGAGGAUUUAAAAUAUUUUCUGGGACUGGAAAUUUCCUAUACUAAUAAUGGCUUGUCUAUCAGUCAAGCCAAAUAUACCAGAGAUGUUUUGCAACGAUUUGGGAUCUUGUCUGCUAAGCCUUGCACUACUCCCAUGAGUUUGUCUUCCACUACUGAUAUUGGUGCUCCUUGCUCAAUUGAAGAUAUUCGGAAUUAUCGAAGUCUUAUAGGAUCCCUUCACUAUCUAACAUUUACACGGCCAGACAUCGCAUUUGCCGUUGGGAAGCUUUCCCAAUUUAUGCAUGCUCCCUGUGAAUCUCAUUUGGUUGCUGCCAAGCGUAUCCUUCGGUAUUUGUCUGGAUCUCUUCAGUUCAGCAUUAUGUUUCAACGGAGCUCUUCAAACUUAAGGCUCCAUGCCUUUUCUGAUUCAGAUUGGGCAGGGGACUCACAUGAUAGGAGAUCUACGUCGGGCUUUGUUAUCUUUCUUGGCUCUAAUCCAAUUUCGUGUGGAUCUAAGAAGCAAUCCACAGUGUCUCGGAGCUCUACGGAAGCUGAAUAUCGGUGUUUGGCUUCAACAGCUGCUGAGCUAUUUUGGGUUCGUCAACUUCUGAAGGAUCUUCAUGUAUUUAGCACACAAUCACCUGUUCUUUGGUGUGAUAAUGCUUCUGCUAUACAAUUAGCAAAAAAUCCUGUUUUCCAUGGGCGAACAAAACACGUUGAAAUCGACUUUCAUUUCGUUAGAGAACGUGUUGUGCGUAAAGACAUUACGCUCUGUUAUGUUCCCACAACUCAUUGCAAAUCUUUUCACCAAGCCUCACACUUCUGCUCGUUUGUUUUACUUUCGAUCCAAACUACUGCUUCAGCUAGCAUCCGUUUGAGGGGGGAUAAUAACUGA